CUUUGAGUGAAAAGCCGCAGCGGCAUUGUCGGAGUGGCUCCUCUCGCGCCGGUAGACGAUCUGCGCUGGAUGCUCUCAUGCCUGCUGUGCUGUCUGACUCCGGGAGGAUGGACGGUGUGUCGUUAGGUCUGGUGGCAUCGCCGCGUCCGAACUGCGCCACGGAUUCAGAGGACGACGCGGCGAACGGAGGGAUUCACACCUUCAACCAGACGCACAUGAGGAAGGCCUUCCAGCUCAUGAACGACCUGCGCAGUAAGCAGAUGCUGUGUGACGUCCAGCUGGUGGCGGGCAGCGUGGAAGUGCCUGCUCACCGGGUGGUCCUGGCAGCCUGUAGUCCGUACUUCUGUGCCAUGUUCACAGGAGAUAUGAGCGAGAGCAAAGCACAGCAGGUGGAGAUCAGAGAGGUCGAUGGUCAGACGCUGAGGAAGCUUGUGGAUUACAUUUACACCGCAGAGAUAGAGGUGACAGAGGACAACGUCCAGGUCCUCCUGCCAGCAGCCAGCCUCCUGCAGCUGAUGGACGUUCGUCAGGUCUGCUGCGAGUUCCUGCAGUCUCAGCUUCAUCCCACCAACUGCCUGGGCAUCAGAGCCUUCGCUGACCUGCACACCUGCACGCAGCUCCUCAGUCAGGCCCACGCGUACGCCGAGCAGCAUUUCUCCGAGGUGGUGCAGAGCGAGGAGUUCCUGGGUCUGUCUCUGCAGCAGGUGUCCAGCCUGAUAUCCAGCGACCGGCUCACCGUCUCCACUGAGGAAAAGGUUUGCUUACCGGCUCGUUUCUGGUCCAAGAUGUUGAAGAACCAACAAGAUGGCCGCCAUGCUCGUCAAAGAAUUUACCCUAAAUUUGCUAAAAUCUACUCAAGACUCAAGUGUUUUGUUGUCAAAUUAUACAUAAUUAGAGUCCUCAGCCCCAUGUCUCCGUCCUCAGCCCCAUGUCUCCGUCCUCAGCCCGUGUCUCUGUCUCCUCCAGGCGUCGUCUCCGUGGCGGGGCGUGUCUACGCCGUCGGCGGCUUCAACAGCUCGCUGCGGGAACGGACCGUGGACGUUUACGACGGCGCCAGGGACCAGUGGAGCGCGGCGGCGAGCAUGCAGGAGCGGCGCAGCACGCUGGGGGCGGCGGUGCUGGGCGAGCUGCUCUACGCCGUCGGCGGCUUCAACGGGAGCAUCGGUCUGUCCACCGUGGAGGUCUACAGCCAGAAGACCAACGAGUGGAGCGCCGUGGCGUCCAUGAACACCCGGCGCAGCAGCGUGGGCGUCGGCGUGGUCGACGGGAAGCUGUACGCUGUGGGAGGUUACGAUGGAGCGUCUCGUCAGUGCCUCAGCACGGUGGAAGAAUACGACCCGGUUUCUGAUCAGUGGGGCUACGUGGCCGACAUGAGCACACGGAGAAGUGGAGCAGGAGUCGGGGUUCUGGGCGGCCUGCUGUACGCAGCGGGCGGCCAUGACGGUCCUCUGGUGAGGAAGAGCGUUGAGGUGUUCGACCCGCAGAGCAACACGUGGCGCCUGGUCAGCGACAUGAACAUGUGUCGCCGGAACGCAGGAGUCUGUGCCAUAAACGGGCUGCUGUACGUGAUCGGCGGUGACGACGGGUCCUGCAACCUGUCGUCUGUGGAGUUUUACAACCCGAUGACGGACAAGUGGAGCCUGAUUCCCACCAACAUGAGCAACGGGCGCAGCUACGCCGGAGUGGCAGUGAUCGACAAGCCGCUAUGACCCGGGCAGAAACCCAGAACCAGAACUUUAUGGUCCACUGAGAGCCUCCAUGUUUGGUUCUGAUCCGCUUCCCUUGGGGUUCCAGGAUAAACGGAUGUAAAUCCACCAAACCGAGCCGCCGGUUCUGUUGGCUUGGUGGUCGGACUCUAAGGAGUCGGUUGCAAUAAUUGGAGCGGGGACACCUGGUGGUGACCAGCAGUAUUCCUCCUCGACCCAAACGCCCGAAACCGGAGAGCCGCAACAAGAAGAAUGUUAAAAUGAUAUGCAACAGAAGCAGCAGUUGAUUUUUAAAGCUUGGGAUCCGUUUUGUGUUUUGGUUCUGGGACUAAACGCUGCUGAUGUUCUGCACUGAACGCUGCUGCUCAUUCUGAAGCUGCCAGCCGCACACAUCAGAUCAGAGACACUGGAGCUGAAAAUGAUGCACUGUAAAAAAAUGAGCUGGAAAAGACAUCAUGACUUUAUUUAUUGACUCGGUUGCCACUGCGUUCAGGAACAGGAUCCUGGAACGGAACCAUGUUUACCGGACUGGAUCUUAGUUUAUUCUAUAAAAGCACAUAAAGUUUAAAUAUAAUCUUCCUGUUUUAUACGUCACGUGAUUUUCAUUUCAUCUGCUUGGAUUUAAUGCUCUGUUAUGUUACAGAGAACUGGGAGCGGUCUUCUUCAGGUGGAAACACCUGCAAGUAGGUAAGACUCUCCAGCACCACCUGUGGUGGGAAACAGGAACUGCCUGAAAAUAAGAGGAAUAAUCAGUAAAAUAUCUAAUAUUCAGGCACAUCAGUAACAGUUUGAUGUUUAUUAUUAUAGAACUUGUAAAGAUGUUUAAAAUGCAUCUGUGAAGAAACACUAAAUGGACUUUGAAGUAUAUCAUGUGAUUGUUUAAAGUGACCAGAUGGACAUUUUUCUCACUGCAGUUGCUAUAUUUUUUUAUAUAAACGAUGAAUAUUGUGAACAAAA